AUGGAUGGGCCACCAAAGCUACCAGACAUCCUUGACUAUUAUGACGUUCUCGGGGUCAAUGAGCGGGCAUCGUACGCCACAAUCGAGAGAUGCUUCAAGCGAUUACAACAAUCGCAUCAUCCAGACAGCAGACGAGCUGGCGCGCAUCCUAGCACUGUGAUCUUCCAGAACGUCGGCAUUGCCUGGGAUACGCUCGAAAGCGACGGGAAGCGCGCCAAAUAUGACAAGAGCUACCCCCGGAUACGAAAUCAAUGGGCCGUCUAUCGAACCAACCUCGCCAAAUGGAACGCUGAUCAACGGGAAAUUGAGCAGCAACAUGCUAGAGCCGCAGCACGACGAAAAAAAGUGGAUGAAGAGAAGAUGGAGAUUGAGAGGGGUAAGCAAAAAGUAUUGGUAGAGAAGGCAAAGGAAGCCACAAGACAUCAGAUGGAGCGCAUGGAGACUGAGAAGGCACUUCUUGCCAAAGAAGCCAAGGCAAAAGAGCAAAUUCGGCAACGAGAACAGGAAGCAAUACGUGCAAGAGAGCGUCUCCAAGAGGAGAGCAGAAGACAGGAGAUAGCUCGAGCUGAGGAAGAGGCCCGCAUCAAAACUGACUGGGAGAAAGCACAAAAACAAAGAAAAAUGACUGAGAAAGGAUCGCCACAAGAUACUUCGAAUGAAGACGGAGCGCUAAGAGAAUUAUGGCGAGAAAAGCAAGAGCGAACUCGUGAACAGGCCAAGAGGGCGGAGGCUACAAAUGAAGAAGCAGCGCAGGAACGUCUCAGGAAGCAGCAGGAGAACUUGCAUCAAACGAGCGAAGACGACCACGAUCGAUCUGCAGAACCUACUUCGACCGAAAGUCAAGAGAGAGAACGACUCGCUAAUAAACAGCGCGCGGCAAACGAAAGAGAGGCCAAGGUCAUGGCCGAUGCACAGAAAAGACAGAGCGAGGCAGCUGAAGAGCGCCUUCGUCGUCAAGAAAUCGAUGCCACAUCGCUCAAGCGGCCACCUGCUGAUGAUGUCGAGGACGAGCAAGAUAUGACAAAUCCCAAAAAGCCCAAAGUCAGAGAGUCUAUGACACCAGGCCUCCGUAAGCACAUGGCCCGGGAACAAGCCCGGCGAAUACACGCUCAGAGACUUCAGGAGGUAGGUGGCCCAGGAAACGAAGAGCGUCUGAGAGACGUCAGUAUCGACUUGGGAUGGAAACAUGUGGACUAUCAGAACAGGGCAUGUCCUCAAUGCCACACGAAGAGGAGUGCGGCACAAUAUGGUCUAUGGCAAUGUCCAGAAGGAGGGGCAUUGAGAUGCCGACCCUGUCUAGCAGCACUGAGUACGUUCAGUGCUUGA